ACAUGUGGGUCCUGGUCCCAGCGUCGCCCCACCACCACACAUGCUCCUCGAGUUCUCAGUCUGACAGUAACGCUCACCCUACUCCCUGUGUUUCCUAGUGAAUAAGUUCUCUCCCUCUCAGAACGCGGCCAACACUGAACUAAACAUUCUGGUGAUUUCCACAAGGAAGGACUAUAUCAAAAUAUUAAGUUUGAGAAAAGUGACUACGUUUUAGCACCAAACAUUCAUCAGUAAUAUUACCAAGGGUUCUGUCUACCUGUCAGCCAACCAUGGCGCACGGUGAAAAGGAAAUUGGAAAGCCCAGUGCCACGGAAUUACAUGAUCGCCUGACUGCAUCCACCAGCGGUGGCGCACCAGCCAUCAGCACCAUCUGUGAUGUCAGGUUACCCCAGCUGGAUGAAGACGUUCAACUGGUGGAGGCGCAGGAGGAGGUGCUCACAGUUCAGAUGGUGGAGGACAUCUUGGGUCCAGAUGAGGACACAAUGUGUGGGGCAGGGCUGGUGCGGGGAGAGGCUCUUCAGAAGCUGGCCAGUCCUGCUACCUACCUAGUCAUCUCCAGCGUGGUCGCUCUGGUCCAGGGCAUGUUCUACACCUACGCCAACGCCACCCUCUCCACCGUCGAGAAGCGAUUCCGGCUCCCCAGUAAGAUUUCAGGCCUGGUGACGACUGGGAACGACGUUAUCCAGCUGGUGUUGGCAGUACACAUGAGCUUCCUGGCAGGUCAGGGCCACCGUCCCCGCUGGCUGGCCCUCAGCAUGCUGUGUGCUGCAGUGGGCUGCUUCCUCGCCGCCACUCCACACAUAAUCUUCGGUGCUGGAGACCUGGUCCUUGUACACGACUCCAACUCUACCAACCAUCCUUCAAGAGAGAUGUGCCGAGGGUCUGCAAGUUUAAACUCUUCGUGUGACUCGAACACUGCAGCCAUUAGUGCAGAGCAGUACACUGUGGUCACCCUCCACCUCCUGGCUCAGAUGAUGGCAGGAUUUGCCUCACUCAUGUACUACACUGUUGGCUACACCUAUCUCGAUGAAGCUGUCAGCAAGAAGAAGGUUCCCAUCUUCCUGUCUGUGUCUGGGAGUGUGAGGAUCCUGGGCCCUGUGUGUGGGUACUCCCUAGCAUCAUGGGCCCUCUCUUACUGGGUGUCCCCCUCUCACACCCCUGCUCUAAACCCACGCCAUCCCAGGUGGACUGGAGCCUGGUGGAUAGGGUACCUGUUGAUCGGCUCGUCCCUGCUGGUGAUCUCGAGCUCCCUGGUGCUCCUCCCGCGGAUGUUACCUGGGGCCAGAAGCAGGAAGCUUGGUGAGCUGCGUAUGGUGGCCACCAGGGGCAAAGAGGCUCUUGAUGCAUUUACCAAGACUCUUCGUCCUGCCUACUCCCGGGGCAGAGAAGGUAUGUGGAGAAGUUUACGGCGGCUGCUGACCAAUAAGGUGUUCAUACUAAUUACCCUCAACCAAGUGUUCUUCUGGUUUGCCUUUUUUGGUUAUAUCACCUUCAAACCCAAAUUCUUGGAGCACCAAUUCAAGAUGUCGGCAGCAAAGGCCAAUCAGUAUAUUGCUGGUGCAGCCCUGGCAGCCACACUGGUGGGCUGGCUGGCCACUGGAGCCACCAUCUCUGUCUUCCGUCCUCAUGCCAAGACUCUCCUGGUUUUCAUGGCCCUUCUCUCUCUCAUCGACUGUCUACUCCAUAUAUGUAUGGUGAAUAUAUCCUGUGACCAUGACAUCAUCAGGGGCAUGGACCUUGUGCUGGAGACUCGUACAGAAGAUCACCAGCUCCAGAUGCCUUCUGUAAAUAAACUUGAGUAUCACAAUGUGUCCUUGCUGGCAUGUUCCUCUGAGUGCCAGUGCUCCCUCAAGUUCUCACCCGUGUGUGUCGAUGGUACCACCAAUUUCUACAAUGCUUGUUAUGCUGGUUGUACCUCAGCGGCUAAGGCCAAUGGCACUAUUGUUUAUGGAAACUGCACCUGUCCAGGAGACGUGGAUUAUACGAGCAUCAUGUCAACGAGGGCACCAUUUGGUGUCUCCACAGGCCUUCCUGACAUGCCCACAGAAGCAAGAAAGGCUCCAGCUAUAGCUGUGGAUGGCUACUGCAGCCAUGAAUGUCCCACAUUCUACAUGUAUCUUGCACUCACUGUCUUAACCAAGAUGACUAAUGCUGCCAGCAGAGUUCCUGUAAACAUCAUACUUUUCAGAUGUGUUGAGGAGCGUGAUAAGGACCUGGGUUUGGGAGUAUUCAAUGCAGCCUUGGCCCUCUUUGCUUCCAUACCAGCACCUAUAAUCUUUGGCUGGGCCAUAGAUUACUCAUGCCGCCUGUGGGAGCAGACGUGUGGAAAGAAAGGCUUCUGUUGGCUUUAUGACCUUGACACCUACCGGCAUAUUCUCCAUGGGAUUCCUGCAGGUUUAAUGGCAGGCUGCUUGCUGACUGAACUAAUUCUGUUGUCAGUUCAUAAAUCCAUCCACCUAUAUGGUGAGGGAGACGAAGAUUCCUGCUCAGACUCCACCCGCACCACCGACACAGGGAAAAACAAGCUUUCUAAGAGUGAGAGAGAUGCAUGCUUAUAGUUAGGCUGUGCAGGCAUACAGUGUGAUGUUCCCAAGUACUGCAUUAUAGCUGCUGUGAGGACUGGCACCCAAUCUGCUUUUAUAUCACUCCAAUUUUCAGAUUUAUUCAGUAACAUCAUAUAAUUCAUCAGAAUUGCCAAAAUGUUUACCCAAUUUGUUCUUUUAACAUUUGGUUUCAUCAUUAUCAUUAGCACCUCUAGCAUUCAACUUCAUCAAGAAUGUCAAUACUGUACUAAACAUUCAUUCCAAGAACUGGGAUAUUAACCCAUUAAUUUAGCGUGACACAUACAGUCAGAUAACAAAAUUUUAUAGAUAAUGAGUAUGAAAGAAUUUUGUAAAAAAUUAUGUAUUUUCGUUUCAAUUUACCAGUCUAGAGGCCCUGUUGGAAACAGUCUGUAGCUCAUGAAGGGGUCUCUAGUGGCACUGUUGGGAACAGUCUGUAGCUCAUGAAGGGGUCUCUAGUGGCACUGUUGGGAACAGUCUGUAGCUCAUGAAGGGUCUCUUAGUGGCCCUGUUGGGAACAGCCUGUAGCUCAUGAAGGGUCUCUUAGUGGCCCUGUUGGGAACAGUCUGUAGCUCAUGAAGGGUUUCUAGUGGCACUGUUGGGAACAGUCAUGAAGUCAAGAAUUUUGUAAAAUAAUGAUGUAUUUUCAUUUCAAUUUACCAGUCUCUAGUGGCUAUGUUGGGAACAGUCUGUAGCUCAGGGUGGGUCUCUAAUGGCCCUGUUGGGAACAAAUACCUCCUCACCAUGUAAGUGGGAAACUCAGUGCCAUUAAAAUCUGUCCAUCUUUAUGUUCAUUGGUUUCCACUUACAAGCUGGUGCAUGUGUCCUGUGGUCAGUUCCUGGUUUAUUUGGCUGUGGCUGGGAUUUGAAUCCAUUUGCUUGCAGUAAUGCAGUACACAUUCCCUCUAUAUUAAAAUACUAUUCAUCAUUUGAUUAACCUUGAUGAAUCCUCAGCUCAAAGGGAGCCUGUUCACAAAUCUAAAAAGUUCCCAUUAUUUGUGCAAGUUUUACUUGAAUUUUGCAACAGGCAGAAAAUGCAGUUCUUUGUAAAAUCCAGCAGACAUAAUUUUAAUGUCUGUGUGCAUUAUAUGUAUAAAAGUAUGAAAAACUGAAUGAUCCUAAUAUAUUUUCACAAGUACAUGUUUCUGUAUAAUUUAGAUCCUUGCAAAAAUAUGAUGUUUUAUGAUUAAGUUUUGUGAUAUAUUUUUCUCAUUCAAUGUGACAAAAAUGGGUUUUGUAUACCAUUAACUAAUAUUAGUAAUUUUUCCAUUCCAUAGGACCAUAAAUUUGGUACAGGAUGUCUACUGUUCUUUCGUCCUGAAUAGAAUAGAAUGGCAACAGUACUUGUACUGAAGAAUUGUCAGCGUUCAAAUAUAUGCUUUAACGAAUUAGUUAACUACUGAUGCUAACUAUAUUUAAUAAAUAUUUCUAUGAAUUAUUUGAA